AUGGAGCACGGCUGCGACCUGAGGUCUGGCAUGCCCGACGAGGGCGGGCGGACCAUGUCACAACGCUGCGAAGGUCAGGUAGCCUGUCUCAUGACAGAACCGGGCCGUUUCCCCGGCCACAUACUCUCUGUGGGGAACAGGAGACUAGCAGACACUGGCCAGGACUUCCACGUCCCCAAAAACUACGUCUUAUUGGGGAACAUCGCGGCCUGCAUCGCAAUUGAGGGCGACGCGCACCGAGACGUCAAAUCACCGCCGAUCACACCGUAG